GUGCUUGUGCUGUACUUUGCUAAGAGUGUGGAGCUGACUGGAGUCAAGGAGGAGCAGAUUGUUGCCGUGCCGACACCAAUCAGCAGCCGGGACCUUUGGAGACUGUUGGUACAGCGACACCCGAGGAUCAGGUGGUCUUGGCAGUGCGUCAGCAGUACGUUGCCAUUGGCGACGAGGUGGUGACUCUGGGAGACGGAGACGAGGUUGCCGUGGUGCCGCCGCUCAGUGGAGGAUAAACAGACGAUGGGCGAAUCAGAGGCCCGAAGAGACGUCUUCAAGCUGAGCCGUGAUUGGCUGUCUGUACAGGAAGUGGUUGAUGCGGUCAGCAGCGCUUCCUGUGGAGCCGUCUCAGUUUUUAUAGGUACGACCCGCGAGGACGAGGCGGACGGCAGGAAGGUGAUUGGUCUGGAGUAUGAGGCGUACGAGCUCAUGGCCCAAUCAGAGUUCUCCAAGCUGUGUGCUGACAUCAGAGAGCGCUGGCCAACCGUGACGCACAUCUGUGUCCACCACCGGCUGGGGUGGGUGGAGGUGGGCCAGGCCAGUGUCGCCAUGGCGAUCUCAUCUCCUCAUCGCCACGAUGGCCAGCAGGCGAUUCAGCACUGCAUCAGUCAGCUGAAAGCCAACGUCCCCAUCUGGAAGAAGGAAGUUUACGACACGCAAGACUCCAGCUGGAAGGAGAACGCCGAGUGUUCGUGGGCCGCUCGCAAUGUACGGCAGCCAGACAUAUCAACCACAGAGGAUAUCUGAGCGGGUGGAAAUAAACUGUAGAUCAUUGAUAAGGUGUGUGUGUGUGUGUGUGUGUGUGUGUGUGUGUAGAUUUUUCUGUGCUUGUCAGCAGGUUGAGGUCAAAGUGUGAAACUAUAAAGAAAACGAUCAUAAUCAGAAAUGUGUGAACCCAACUGUUACAUAAAGGCAAAUAAAGGU